AUACACAUUUCUUCUCUCAAACUCUUCCAUGGCUUCUUCACCCAGAGCUCAUCUCAUGCUCUGCACAUUUCUAAUUCUCAACUCCCAUCUAAUCCCUCUCUCAAUUUCCCUCUCCCUCUCCUUCCCUCUUACAUCCAUCUCUCUCUCCUCCAUUAACCAACAGCUCCUUUCUUCUCAAGCAACAACAAAUAAUCACCAUCCAUACAAUUACAGAUCAUCUUUCAAAUACUCAAUGGCCCUAAUCGUCACUCUUCCAAUAGGCACACCACCACAAUCCCAACAAAUGGUUCUCGACACAGGUAGCCAGCUCUCAUGGAUUCAAUGCCGCAACAACCCAACAUCAUCGUUCGAUCCAUCUCUUUCAUCCUCCUUCUCUCUUCUCCCAUGUACCCAUCCCCUCUGCAAACCUCGAAAACCCGACUUCACCCUACCCACAUCCUGCGACCAUAACCGUCUCUGUCACUAUUCUUACUUCUACGCCGACGGUACUCUGGCAGAAGGUAAUUUAGUCCGGGAAAGAUUCACUUUUUCAAAAGCCCAUAUCACCCCACCCUUGAUUCUCGGUUGCGCAUCUUACUCAUCCGAUAAUCAAGGUAUCUUGGGAAUGAAUCGCGGCAGGAUGUCAUUCGCUUCACAAUCUAGACUGGGGAAGUUCUCUUAUUGCGUACCGAGUCGGAAUUCGACCGGAAUAUUCUAUUUAGGUGACAAUCCGAAUUCUCCUACUUUCAAAUACGUCAACAUAUUGAUCUUUCCUAAGCCUCAACAAAUGCCGAAUCUUGAUCCUUAUGCUUAUACACUUCCGAUGGUGGGUAUAAGACUAGCCGGAAAAAGAUUGAACAUUUCUGUUUCAGUAUUCCGACCGGACACUGGAGGGUCUGGUCAGACUAUGAUAGAUUCCGGCAGUGAAUUCAGUUACUUGGUGGAUGAAGCUUAUAAUAAGGUGAAGGAGGAAAUUGGAAAGGUGGUUGGUCGGAAAAUGAAGAAAGGGUAUGUUUAUGAGGGAGGAUUAGAGAUGUGUUUUGGUGGUGGGAAGAUGGAGGAGAUCGGACGGUUGAUAGGAGAUCUGGUAUUUGAAUUUGAGAAAGGAGUGGAGAUUGUAGUGAAGAAAGAGAGGGUUUUGAGUUAUGUUGGAGGUGGGAUCCACUGUUUGGGAAUUUCACGGUCGGGAUUGUUGGGAGCUGCGAGUAAUAUAAUCGGGAACGUUCAUCAGCAAGAUCUUUGGGUUGAAUAUGACGUGGACAAACGUAGGGUUGGAUUUGGUCAGGCUUUGUGUAGAAGCAGCAGAUUAGGGUGAGUAGUAAUCUUGUGUGAGGGUAUAUUGAAAGUUUUAGCUAGUUUAAUACUAUUCCUUUUAUUUUAUUUUUUAUUUUUACUUGUAUAAUCAAAUCGGAUUUGUCGAUAUUUGAAUAAUAAUACUCCUAAUAGAUGGGUUG